AUGCUGCGCUCUCCUGGCCCUGGGCCCGCCCAGAAGAGCCGCCUGUGUCGCGGGCCCCCUCCCUGGCUCCGGCCCCUAAAGCGCCCCCGGCACAGCUUCGCGGCCCCCGGCGCUUGGUGGGGCCAGCACCUUCCCCUUGUCACUGUUCUCCUUUCUCCUUCCAGCCCGCGCCUCUCCUGGAGGAGAAUGGUGGGCGUCUUCUUCCUGCCGUUCAUCUUACCAGCUUUCGCUCCUCGGUUUAAGCACGAAGAGAGCCUCAUGCUUGGAACAGCGCAUCCGCCCCAGCCCAGGUUUAACUGGUCUCAUCUGACCCCUCUGGAGCUGAAGAAUCGAUCUGUGGGACUCGGAACUGCAAGCACAGGUCGGGGAAAGCCGCACUUCACGCUGGAGGGCCACAGGUUCCUCAUCUGCGGGGGCUCCAUCCACUAUUUCCGGGUGCCCAGGGCGUACUGGAGGGACCGCCUGCUGAAGCUGAGGGCCUGUGGCUUCAAUACCGUCACCACCUAUGUUCCGUGGAACCUGCAUGAGCCAGAAAGAGGCAAAUUUGACUUCUCUGGGAACCUGGACCUGGAGGCCUUCGUCCUGAUGGCUGCGGAGAUCGGGCUGUGGGUGAUUCUGCGUCCAGGCCCCUACAUCUGCAGUGAGAUGGACCUCGGGGGCUUGCCCAGCUGGCUCCUGCAAGACCCCCGGUUACUGUUGAGGACAACCAACAAGGGCUUCACUGAAGCAGUUGAGAAGUAUUUUGACCACCUGAUUCCCAGAGUGAUUCCUCUCCAGUACCGCCAGGGAGGCCCUGUCAUCGCGGUGCAAGUGGAGAAUGAAUAUGGCUCAUUCAAUAAGGAUAAAACCUACAUGCCGUAUCUCCACAAGGCUCUGCUGAGAAGAGGGAUUGUGGAGCUUCUCUUGACCUCCGAUGGUGAGAAAAAUGUGCUGAGCGGCCACACCAAAGGAGUGUUGGCCGCUAUCAACUUGCAAAAAGUUCAGCGGAAUACUUUCAACCAGCUUCAUAAAGUCCAGAGAGAUAAGCCCCUUCUGGUUAUGGAAUACUGGGUUGGCUGGUUCGACAGAUGGGGAGAUAAGCACCAUGUUAAAGAUGCAAAGGAGGUUGAACGUGCUGUGUCUGAAUUCAUCAAAUAUGAGAUCUCCUUCAAUGUGUAUAUGUUCCAUGGUGGAACCAACUUUGGUUUCAUGAAUGGUGCCACAAAUUUCGGGAAGCACGCUGGCAUUGUCACCAGCUAUGACUAUGAUGCUGUGCUCACAGAGGCUGGAGAUUACACAGAAAAAUAUUUCAAGCUUCAAAAACUCUUGGAAUCUGUCUCAGCAACUCCCCUGCCCCAAGUACCCAAACUUACUCCCAAGGCUGUGUAUCCCCCCAUGAGACCGUCGCUGUACCUCCCGCUGUGGGAUGCCCUAUCCUACUUAAAUGAGCCAGUCAGGUCCCAUCAGCCCGUCAACAUGGAGAACCUUCCCAUAAACAAUGGGAGUGGCCAGUCCUACGGCUUUGUCCUGUAUGAGAAGUCCAUCUGCUCCGGAGGCCGCCUCUGUGCCCACGCUCAUGACAUGGCACAGGUGUUUCUGGAUGAGACAAUGAUAGGGAUUCUGAAUGAGAAUAAUCAGGACCUGCACAUUCCUGAACUCAGGGACUGCCGAUACCUGAGGAUCCUGGUGGAGAAUCAAGGACGAGUCAAUUUUUCAUGGCAAAUACAGAAUGAGCAGAAAGGAAUAACUGGAUCUGUCAGCAUCAAUAACUCUUCCCUGGAGGGCUUUACCAUCUAUUCCCUGGAGAUGAAAAUGAGCUUCUUUGAGAGGCUCCGCUCUGCCACCUGGAAGCCUGUCCCAGAUAGCCACCAGGGCCCGGCCUUCUACCGUGGGACCUUGAAGGCUGGCCCUUCUCCCAAGGACACCUUCCUGAGCCUGCUGAACUGGAAUUAUGGAUUCGUGUUCAUCAAUGGGCGGAACCUUGGGCGGUAUUGGAACAUUGGGCCUCAGCGAACACUGUACCUUCCUGCAGUCUGGCUUCGUCCGGAAGACAACGAGGUCAUCUUGUUUGAGAAGAUGCUGAGUGGCUCAGACAUCAAAUCUACGGACAAGCCCAUGCUGUAA